AUGCAUCUCGCAUCGUUUCUAAUCCCCUACCUCGUGGCUGGCGUCAUGGCCGCGCUUCCAACGCAGCAGGAGCCCUCCAAGGCCCCUCAGGGGCUUCCGCAAUACAACGACUUGACGAUAAAGAGGCCUAGGACCCCCGUUAUCAGCGCAGACCUGCAGGGCGAGAUGGGCAAAAUCACCCUCCCGACCGUCUCGAGGCAGCCCAUGCCCCGGUCGACAACAAGGAGAAAGGCUUGCGCGGCGCGCGCGAGGCCGGGCUCGCCCGCCACACGGCACGUAGCCAGGGCCUUGACAGUUUCGUCACCCAAGUCCGGCGGUGGUUCCUCUGGUGACGGCGGUGACAGCGACAGCGACGAUCAGCCCAACCCCAAGUUGCCUGGCGGACAGUUCCACAAACCUAGCCGCAAGGCAAAGUCCUUUGCCGCGUAG